AUGUCAGAAAGAGUUAAAGUAGCAGUUCGACUUCGCCCUUUAAUUGAAGAGGAAUUGAUUUGUAAGGACAAAACCAUUUGUGUUGAAACUAUUGAUCCCAAUAAAAAAUUGAUCAUCAUCAAGAAGGAUUUCGAGAAAAGACAGUUUCAAUUUGAUUCAGUUUUUGAUCCUAAGGCUACCUAAAGUUAAGUUUACAAUGAUAUAGCAAGAGGAGUUGUCGGAAGUGUAAUCAAAGGCUUUAAUGGUACCAUAUUUUGUUAUGGUCAAACCGGAACAGGCAAAACGUACACCAUGAUGGGUAAACUAGACUCCGAUGAGAAGGGAAUCACUCCACGCACUUUUGAAUAAAUAUUUAAUGAAAUUCAAGCAGACACCAAUAACAUUUACACUGUGUAAUUGGGUUAUUUGUAAAUCUACAUGGAGAUGUUGCUGGAUCUUAUAAGACCUGACAAUUAAGAUGUAAAAAUCAGAGAAUGUCCUGAUAAUGGAGUGUUUGUGUCGGGAUUGGAAUGGAUGGAGGUUGAAUCCCCUUAAGAAUGUCUAAGCAUUAUGAAUUUUGCAGAAAAAAACAAAGUGGUUGCAUUCACUAAUCUAAAUGCCCAUUCCUCCAGGUCUCAUUCGAUGCUUGUAAUCAAAGUAGACAAGAGAUAAUCUAAAUAACAUUCAAGAUCUAUGACUAUUUCAAAAAAGCCGAAAACUGAUGAAAGUAUAUUGCAAUCUGGAAAUUGUGUUGGAACCCUAUAUCUUGUUGAUUUGGCUGGCAGUGAAAGAAUCAAGAAAUCAAGAGCCACAGGGGAUCGAUUGAGUGAGGCCAGAUCCAUCAACUAUUCACUUACAGCCUUAGGAAAAUGUAUCCAUGCUCUCACAGGUCCUAAAUCCACAUUUGUUCCAUUUAGAGAUUCAAAAUUAACUCGUAUUCUAUAAGAUGCACUUGGUGGUAAUUGUAAAACUGCAUUGAUUGUUAAUGUUGGACCUGCUGGUAGACAUGUGGAAGAAACUUUGUCUAGUCUAACCUUUGGAAUGAGAGCCAUGAAAGUUACAAAUACUCCAUAAAUUAAUCAAAAUGUAGAUUAUGAAUAAUUAAGUCUGUAACUCAAAAUGGAAAUUGAAAUGAAAGAUGAGAUCAUUCAGAAAUUGGAAUCACAAUAAGUGAAGUUGCUCCAAUAAGUCAGAAUGGAAUCCAGCAACAGCAAUCUUAGUAGUUCUGACCAUCAAUACAAAGUUAAAUUAGAAAAAGCAGAAGAAGAACAUAAAGCAUUUCUAGAGGAAAUUGAUAACAUGAUGGUAGAAUAAGAAUAAGAAAAUGAAGAACUCAAAAAACAAUUGGCACAUGUCAUGUAGGAAUUGGAUGAGUCUAAAAACAGAGAACAAUCCUUAGAAUAAGAAAUUGAGGAGUUUAGGAAUGUCCAAUAGCAAUUAGAGAAUGAAUUAGAGGAUGCUUUAACAAAUAAAAAUGAAUUUGCAGAUACUAUUAAUCAGUUACAAUAGAAAUUAGAAUUGAAGGAAAGAGAAAAUUAAGAAUUGAAAUAGACUACUGUUUUAUCCACCAAAAAUAAUGAUAUCAUUAAAAUAUCAAAGGAAAAGUAAAAUUAGAUGUGGAGAUCAGAAUUACAACAGAUAACUUCACAAUAUGCCAAUAAAUUAGAAGAAGUAAAAAGGUUAGAGUUUUAAUAAUAAGAGAAAGAAAACAAUAAUAUAGUAGAAUAUAGAUAACGAAACGAGGAACUUUGCUUAUAGAUUAAAUAAUACAAAUAUGAAUUAUCUCAAUAAAAAGAAUAAGAGUAAUAAUUAUUAUAGAGUAAUCUACAACUUGAUGAAUGUUUGUAACAAUAAAAGGAAUGUUUCCAAAUAGAGUAAUCUAAACUAUUAACUUAAAUUAAAGAUCUUGAAUCAGUCAAUUGUGAAAUUACAAAAAGGUUAGAAUAAUAUGAAAUCAAAUUAAAAAAAUAAAAAGACCAAUAACAAUAGAAUGAAUUUGCCUAUCAACAGGAAUUAGAUACUAAGAAUGAACAUCUCAACAAAAUUUAAGGAGAAUAUUUUGAAAUUUAAAAAUAAAUUGCUCUGAUAAAGGAAUAAUAUUCUACGAUUUAAACGAUUAAUUAACAAAAAGUUAAGUAACUUACUAAUGACAAUCAAAUGCUUAUCAACAAAAAUGCUGACUAUUAAUUGUAAUUCUAACAAUUAAUUGAAAAAAAUAAUGAGCUUUUACUAUAAAUUUAACAAAGCAAAAGCUCUCAAUAUCACAACUACAAUCAAGGUUUAAAUAAUUCUAAAGUUGAAUACUAGACUAACUAAUCCUAUGUAAAUGAACAAAAUUUCGAUAUCGAAUUGAAAAAAUCAAUUACUGUUUCUGGUGUCAACGAGGGGCAAAUCGUUUUUGAAUUGUAAAUGCGAAUUCAAUAAAUGGAAGAUUACAUCGAUUAAUUAUAAUCUUAGUUAAAACUAAAAGAAAACAUCACAGAUGAGUUGUAGUUAAGGUGUUCCUAGUAGUAGAAGGAAGCAGAUUAACUGAAAUUUUAAAUGGAAUCAUUCUCUAAGAGAUCCUAGUAAUCUUUGUAAAGAAUGGAAGAAACUAUGUGUUAAGAAGUAGUUAGAAGUGUUUUAGAGAAGAUGAUAUUUUAAGUCGAACUGAAUUCGUUUGAAUCAGAUGAUAUUAGUAGUCGUGCUCCAGAUAGUGAUUUGAAGCUUCAGAUGAAAUCAUUUUCUAAAUAAGAAAAUGCCUAAUUAGUUGAAAGUUUAUUUAUAAAUUCUAGAUAAAGUCAACACAAUGCAAUAGUUGAAUGUGAUGAAGAAGAAGAUAAUUCAUCUGAAAUUGAUUAUUAAUUGCCUAAAUUCAGCCAAUCUGGUAAGAAGAUCCAGUAAUAAUUGAGAAUGUCAAAAAGUAGACAGGAUUCUGUAUUUUCCUUUAGUGAAAAAUAAUAAAAGAAAGAUGCUGUGUCUCUUUAUGAUGAUUUAAGUGAAAUCAACUAAUAGUUUGAUGCAUAAAGCCCAAGAUCACAGUUAGAUGAGAUUCAAUUUUAAAUUGAUUUUAAUGAUGCCAAUGCAGUUGAUAAAUUCAUGUCAUAAAUAAAGUAAAAACAAGUGUCUCUAAUUCAAAAUAAUGACUUAUCUGUAGGUUCAAUAUAAUAAGCCCAUAGUCCUUAGUACUUAGACAGUUUAAGUGAGAAGAAAGCGAAAAUAAAUUCAAGGAUUGGGAAUGAAGAAUUAUAAGAAGUCAUUAAAGUGAUGGCUUAAAUGUUAGUUGAAAAAAGUAAGACUGAAUAGACAGUGACUAAUAAUACUUUGGAAACCUUAAGGGCUUCCCUAUUGGAUUUUAAUAAUUUGUGCAAUACACUAACAACAUACUUUUUGUGA